AUGGAAAAUAUUGAGAAAAGGGUUCGCCAUGCACAAACUGCCAGCACGAGUCAGCUAUCUGCGAGGUUUUACCCCGGAAAAAGCACAAACACCGAUGGCAUCUUACCUGACGAUAGUGCCUGCUCGUAUAUUGGGGAUACUCGUGGCCCAAGGCAGUCCGUAUAUGAAUUAUGCCACCCGGGCGUUCCGCAAGAAGCCUAUCAAUCACCUUCUAGCAUCGCACCGCAUAGCGUCUCGGGGACACAAACAACGCUUCAGCCGCACGAGGUCGAGUAUAUUCACAAAGAAGGCGGGUUCUCGCCACUGCCGACCGAUGUCUGUGAUGAACUUAUUCGUUGUUAUUUCCAUCACGUCCACUUCUUCCUACCCGUUAUUGAAGCCUCCGCAUUUAUACAAGAAUACAUGAAUAAUGGGAGCCAAAAGAUCAACCAAUUGUUAUUUUGGAGUAUGCUCCUUGCAGCAACCAAUUUCGUUGAUGCAAAUAUCCUCCAACGAGCCGGAUUCGCCUCACGAAAGGCGAUGAAAAAGGCCAUGUAUAAGAGAGCCAAGGCCUUCUAUGAUGUCGAUCGGAGCGCAGAUAAAUUGGUGCUCAUUCAAUCAGUCCUUUUGAUGAGCUUCUGGUAUACAGACGCCCAGGAUCAUACGGGCGCAUCGCACUGGAUUGGGAUUGCAAUUACCCUUGCCCAAGGAAUUGGUCUUCAUCGUAAUCCCAACUCUCAAGUGAGAGGCAAUAGUCAAAUAGCAUCUGAAGAAAGACAACGCCUCGCCCGGCGUCUCUGGUGGACUUGUGUAGUUCGCGAUCGGUGGGUAUCUCUUGCUAAGGGAAGGCCUAUGCGAAUACACGAUGAAGACUGUGAUGCACCCUUUCCGUGGUCAGAUGAUGUCUCUCACGAACUUCAGCUCUUGUCCGCUGAGACGCGACAAAGAUUCAUCCCACCAGACGUACACUAUCUUGCUGGGAUGUGGGUGCAGCUUGUGAAGACUAGCUCAGUGCUUGGUCGAAUACUGAGAGCGCAUUAUCGGUUAAAAGCUCCUCCGCCGAGGACUCAAGAAGUUGAUGAGUUGGUUGCGGAGUUACUUGAGUGUCAGCCGAGUCCUCCAACAGCGAUGUACGAUGUCAGUGAAAUCGCUCGUGUUCACGAAUAUCAUCUUCAAAUAUUUUAUCAAGCGAGCGUAACUGUGCUAUAUCGACCUUACGUAUUGAAUGCGCCUGCAUCGUUUCCUGAACAAUCCACACCCGCAUGGCAGAAAAGUGCCCAGAAUCGUGCGCGAGAGGCUGCUUCUGCUACUAACAGCACUCUUGAGAAGAUAAUCGAGCUAGAUGUCGUCAAGUCAAUCAAGCCUAUGUUCAUCACAUCAUUGAUACCUGCUAUGCAAAUACACCUUUUCGACUGCAAAUCCGAUAGCCAGCUUCAAGCUCAUCUUGCGAAGAACAGACUGAAUCUCUGCCUCCUGUUUCUGGACAACUUACGUGAUACAUACUGGAGCGCUGGGGUGAUGUAUCGACUGUUUGAUCGUGCGCAAACUAUUCUCACCAGUCGCAAUACAACAAAUCAUCAGAUGAUUUCACAGAAGACAGGUCUUAAUUCAAAUACGCCUCGUCAUCCAAAUGAUCCUGGAAAUAACACUAUUGUUGCGACUGAAGUUAUACCACCCAGUAUUGCGGACUUCACUCCUAAUAGCACUACAUCAGGCGUGCCUCCGGAAUCAUUUUCAGGUGACCUUGAAACUAAUGCAUAUUCUCUGGACUUUGCUGCCCUCGAACAACUCCUCAGCCCUGGCUUUGCAUUAUCAGACGGGCACUCCCAAGGUCUGUUCGCAGAAUAUAUGGGUAAUGUGAUGGGAGAAGAGGUUCCGAUGAGUUUGUAUGGUGUCUAA